UGACUACCAGGAAGCUGCGGUGUGUUUACCUUGGUGCGCCUCCGCCGAGCAUCCUCCAUCAGAGCCGUUAUCAGCAGAGGAGAUCUGAGGUCGUAGCCGGCUGCUGUUCGCCUUCCCUCCGCGGGUGAUGACCCAUCAGCCACCUCGGUCACCGCCAUGGCGUCCACCUGCAUCCCGGACAGCGCCACAGAAAAACAAAGGCUGCUCUCCUCCAUGAACAGCUACGGGUCUCAGGAUGUUCUCGGAUGCGGGAGCCACCAUCCCACCGCUCUGCUGGACGGGGAGUUUCACCGACAGCUACUGAAUAAAGCUGAGGAGGAAGAGGAGGAGGAUCUGAGGAGAAAACUCAAGUACUUCUUCAUGAGCCCUUGCGACAAGUACCACGCCAAGGGACGCAAGCCUUUCAAGCUGGGCCUUCAGCUGCUAAAAAUCAUCAUUGUGACCGUGCAGCUGGUGCUGUUUGGGUUGAGCAACCAGAUGGUGGUGACGUUCCAAGAGGAAAACACGGCAGCGUUCAAGUACCUGUUCCUGAAGGGUUACCGGGACAACCAGCCUCAGGCUGUCCACACGCAGUCGGAGCUGUACAGCCGCAUCCACUUUGUCACAGAGCAGUACUUGGCUCUGCCUGAGAUCGCACUGGGCCGCUACGCGUAUGUGACGGGCGUAGGCGUGAAUGGAAGCGCUCUCUCCCUCUGCCAGCGGUACUAUAAGAAGGGAACCAUCGACCCCGUCAACGACACGUUUGACAUCGACCCCCAUGUUGUUACAGACUGCAUCGGGCUCGAUCCGACGACGGACGAUUCGGCUGUAAGAAACGGCAACUACAAGAAUUUCACUCUCCAGUUUUACAAGCUGAUCAACGUCACAGUUGACUUCCAGCUGAAGGCCAUCAACAUUCAGACAAUAAUCAACAAUGAAAUCCCAGACUGCUACACCUUUGCCAUCACGAUCGUCUUCGAUAACAAAGCUCACAGCGGCGAAGUCAAGAUCUUCCUGCAGAACCAGGCCUCCAUAAAGGAAUGUAAAGACCCAAACGUAUCUGGACACGCGGAGAGCUACGCCAGAGAGUUCUUUGAUGUGGUGGUGGCGAUCGUCUGCCUGCUGUCGCUGCUGCUCUGCGGCCGCUCCAUCCUACGAGGAAUCCUCCUUCAACACGAAUUUGUGCAGUUUUUCAAACACAAACUGAACCGCACCGUCAGCUGGGGGGACAGAAUGGAGUUCAUCAACGGCUGGUACAUCCUGCUCAUCAUCAGCGACGUGUUCACCAUCGUCGGCAGCUUCAUAAAAAUCGGGAUAGAGUCCAAGACUUUGUCAUCGUACGACACGUGCGGCAUCCUGCUGGGAACGUCCACUCUGCUGGUGUGGGUGGGAGUCAUCCGCUACUUCAGCUUCUUUCAGAAAUACAAUAUCCUGAUUGUGACUCUAAGAGCGGCUUUUCCCAGCGUUAUCCGCUUCUGCUGCUGCGUGGCUGUUAUUUAUUUGGGAUACUGCUUCUGUGGAUGGAUUGUCCUGGGACCCUACCAUACUAAGUUUCGCUCCCUGUCCAGGGUGUCAGAGUGUCUGUUUUCUCUCAUCAACGGAGACGACAUGUUUGUGACGUUUGCUGAGAUGGAGCAAAGCAGCACGCUGGUGUGGAUCUUCAGCCAGGUCUACCUUUACACCUUCAUCUCGCUGUUCAUCUACAUGGUGCUCUCCCUCUUCAUCGCUCUGAUCACCGGAGCUUACGACACCAUCACGGCCCAAACCAGGGAGCAUGUUCCCCAGACAUGUCUACAUGCAUUCAUAGCACAGUGCACAGACACGCCCAGUUCUGGCAAAUUCCGUGGGCCUGAGGGGUCAUCAUGCUCCUUCCUCUGCUGCUGUGAAUGGUGAGGAGGAGAAAGGCGGUAAUCUGCUUCAGAAAGAAGAAGACUUUUAAAAUGUUCUGCCUUUAUCUUCAAAGACCCACAUUUCCAACCCACCGACAGCUGCACUGCUUUUCUCCAGACGCUCAGCGGGGAUGUUAAAGGCUGGCAGCGUGAACCUGCUGACCUCGGAGCAUUUUCGUCCCCCUGGUGCCCGGGGUUUCAGUUUUGCAUUGAAAUCUGUUGUGGAACAGCAGAUUGCUCUGCCUCUGCUUUUGCACUGUAUGAAUAAUUUAUUGCCUCUGGCUCAGAUUUUUCAGGCAGAGAUGACCACUCCUCUGAUGCUGGGAAACAAAAAUUCAUCAUUAUGGACUGAAAAUGGGAUCCCUCAAUUAGAGGUGGGGCAUUGUUUUGUUGUUGUUGUUGUUGUUUUAUUUAAUUUAAGAAAAAAAAAUGUAGAGGAGUUAUUGUUUUGUCAGUGACCUAGCAUAAGGGAAAGGGUUUUAUUAUUUUGGGCCUGUAGAAAUUUUUAAAAACCCAUUGUUAUUUUACAAGACUGAGUCUGACUUAAGAAGCACUUGUUAUUUUGAUGCUCAAAAUUAUUUAAUUCAAGAAUUUUCUUCUACCUUAUUUUAAUUUUUUAUUGUUCCUGAGGGCUAGAUGACAGAAGAACAUAAAACAAGCCCUGGAUUUAGCUCUUUUUUUAAAUAAUAACCUGCACCUAUAAAUUCCUAUUUCAAUCAGUCUAAAUUUCUGGCUAAAUGAAUAUUUCUUUUUCUAUUCCUAAUUAUUAUCCAGGUAUAAGAGGCCUUUUGUAGUAUUUGAGA